GAUGUCACAUGUCUCUAGUAAAAGACUCUAGGGUUUCCAAUCGCCUCUGUUGAUAUACUUGCGCCUCUGCCUGAAACCCUUAUCUUUCUCUCAUCACAAGUGAAGUCAUGGCUCCAAAGAAGGAAAAGGCUCCUCCACCUUCCUCCAAGCCCGCCAAAUCUGGCGGUGGCAAGCAGAAGAAGAAGAAGUGGAGCAAGGGAAAGCAGAAGGAGAAGGUGAAUAACAUGGUGCUGUUUGAUCAGGGAACCUAUGACAAGCUCCUCACUGAAGCACCCAAAUAUAAACUCAUCACUCCUUCCAUUCUCUCUGAUCGUUUGAGGAUUAAUGGAUCACUUGCAAGGAAGGCUAUAAGAGAUUUGAUGGCUAAAGGUUCAAUCAGGAUGGUGUCUUCCCAUUCAAGCCAGCAGAUUUACACCAGGGCAACAAACACCUAGGUGUAGUACUCUGAUCAUAGCUAGCUUAUGGAGAUUUGUUAGGAUUAGUGAAGUAUUGUCCUUUUUUUAUUUUGAGAUGCACCUCAUGCCAGCUUGCGUCAGUUUUUUUGUAUACUUGGUAUUUUAUUUGGCUUCCUUCCAUGUUUUAUCGUUUUUGGUAUUC